AUGAGACUUAAAAAAUUUCGUCUCUUUCAAAUGACUAGAAAAUCUGCCUUACACUUUGGAUCUGUGCAAACUACAAAUGCAAAAACAUUGACAUGCCAAAUUGUAUCCAACAAAACGUACAAAGUUGCAUACACCAUUCCAUUCUUCAUAUUACCAUACACUCCUUUUCAUUCUGUUCUUGCAAUUAAUCAAAACGAACUAUUAUGGGAUAAUAACGUGUGGGGUGUAAACUCACAAGAUAAUAUAUUUCGAUACAUAAACGGAGCUUGGCAUCAAGUUCCUGGAGCCGCUACGUAUGUUGGAGUUGGAACUGACGGAGCCGUUGGCGAUGAAACUCAUGUUUGGGGAGUUAACAAUUUAAACAAUAUUUACCUCCGAGUUAAUGGUGAUAUAAAUCCUAAUGGGUUAUGGGCGCAAGUUGGCGGUGCUUUGAUUGAUGUAUCAGUAGCUUCUGAUGGGACAGUUUGGGGUGUUAAUGGCGACCAUAAUAUUUAUAAGUGGGCUGGAUACAACUGGUUAGUAUUUCCUUCGUGGUACAAGCUCAAACAAAUUUACGUUAGCAGUCAAGAGCUCAUUGUCGGUGUAAAUGAUAAUAAUGAAAUAUAUCAAUAUGUUAAUAAUACUUGGCGUAUUUUAGAUGGCUCACUCAAAUAUGUGGCAAUUUCUAUUGAUGGCAUUUUAUGGGGUAUUGACAAUAGUGACAAUAUUUAUACACGUCAAGAUAAUUUGAUUAGUCAGACAUAUUUGAAGAAUAAUUUACAAACCACACCUAAUUAUGCGAUUAAUGACCCGCAAGACGUAAUUAUAGGGCUAUCCGUAGGAUUAGGUCUAUCAAUUAUUAUCUUUACUGUUGCAAUUGUAAUCAUUGUUCGACAUUACAAAAAAAUUUCUGUACUCAGAAUCGCACAUUAA